GGAGCAAUCACGCGCCGAUUCUCCGUCUCAUCCAGCUGUUUCUAUGAGAAUAAAACAUUAAAAACAGGAAGGUUUAUUCAUCAUCACUUCAAAAAUUAGAUCUCGGACUUUUCUAGCUUUUUGGGCGCCUCUAAGCUGUACUGUUUUCUCAUCUGAUUGAUUUUCAUCUGAGAUGGAAGUGAGAUGUCGCCCAGCGGUGAUGUGUUGUGUUCUUGCCGUCCUCUCCUCCAUGGUUCCCGGGUCUUUGGAGUCCUCUUACAGGGACAGGCAGUACCUGAACGAAUGGGCGGUGGAGAUCCCGGGUGGGCUGGCUGCUGCAGAGGCGAUCGCCAAAGAGCUGGACUACCAGCUGGUCCGACAGAUUGGGGCCCUUCAAGAUCAUUUCUUGUUCAAACACCGCAAUCAUCCUAGCAGAAUGAAACGCAGCGCUGACCACAUCACCAAGCGACUGUCCGAAGAUGAUCGGGUGCUUUGGGCUGAGCAACAGUAUGAGAAGAGUCGCAACAAGCGAGCCUCCAUCCGGGAGUGCAGGGACUGUCCAGUGGAUAAGCUGUUUGAUGAUCCCAUGUGGAACCAGCAGUGGUACCUGCAAGACACUCGGACGUCAUCCUCGCUGCCAAAGCUUGACCUGCACGUGAUCCCUGUGUGGCAGAAAGGCAUCACGGGGAAAGGAGUGGUCAUCACUGUGCUGGAUGACGGCCUGGAGUGGAACCACACAGACAUCUACUCCAACUACGAUGCAGCAGCCAGCUACGAUUUCAAUGACAAUGAUCCCGACCCUUUCCCCAGAUACGACUCCACUAAUGAGAACAAGCAUGGGACCAGAUGUGCUGGGGAGAUUGCUAUGCAGGCGGACAACAAUAAAUGUGGGGUUGGAGUCGCCUACAAUUCCAAGGUUGGAGGAAUUCGCAUGCUUGAUGGGAUUGUGACGGAUGCCAUCGAGGCCAGCUCUAUUGGCUUUAAUCCAGACCAUGUGGACAUUUAUAGUGCCAGCUGGGGGCCCAACGAUGAUGGUAAGACGGUGGAGGGACCUGGCCGGCUGGCUCAGAAGGCCUUCGAGUACGGCAUUCAGAAGGGCCGGGGUGGGAAAGGCUCUAUCUUUGUUUGGGCGUCAGGUAACGGAGGCCGACAGGGAGAUAACUGCGACUGUGACGGCUACACAGACAGUAUCUACACCAUCUCCAUCAGCAGCGCCUCCCAACAGGGUCUGUCUCCCUGGUACGCAGAGAAGUGCUCCUCCACUCUGGCCACAGCAUACAGCAGCGGAGACUACACAGACCAGAGGAUUACGAGUGCAGAUCUGCACAAUGAGUGCACGCAGACCCACACUGGAACGUCGGCCUCAGCACCCCUCGCUGCUGGAAUAUUUGCCCUGGCACUGGAACAAAAUCCAGAUCUUACCUGGAGAGACCUGCAGCACAUUGUGGUCUGGACCUCAGAGUUCGAUCCCCUUGCCAAUAAUCCAGGCUGGAAGAGGAAUGGAGCUGGGCUGAUGGUUAACAGCCGCUUUGGCUUUGGUCUUCUCAAUGCUAAAGCCCUGGUUGACCUGGCUGACCCGGCCACCUGGAAGCACGUGCCUGAGAAGAAGCAGUGUAUUGUCAGGGAUGAUUCUUUCCAGCCCAGGGAGCUGAAGGCAGCAGGGGAGAUCACUAUAGAGAUUCCAACCAAAGCUUGUGCAGGCCAGGAGAACGCAGUCAUCUCAUUGGAGCAUGUGCAGGUGGAGGCCAGCAUUGAAUAUACAAGGAGAGGAGACCUGCACAUCACACUCACCUCCCCAGCAGGUACCAGUACAGUGCUGCUGGCCGAGCGAGAGAGGGACACAUCCUCUAACGGUUUCAGGAACUGGGAUUUUAUGUCUGUGCACACAUGGGGAGAAGAUCCCUCUGGAACAUGGACUUUAAAAAUUACAGAUACUUCGGGUCGCAUAGAGAAUGAAGGUCGUAUUCUAAACUGGAAGUUGAUUCUUCACGGUACUUCAGAGAAGCCAGAGCACAUGAAGAAACCCAGAGUUUACAUCCCCUACAACGCCGUGCAGAAUGACCGCCGUGGCGUGGAGCAUAUGGAUGACAUGAUGGAGGAGCCCACACAACCCAACCCACCUUCCAAGCCUGAGACUGCACGAGCCUCCCUUCCUCCAAACCCAGAGAAGGACCCCAAAACCCCCUCAAAUCCCCAGUACUCCCCCUCCCUGGCCCUGCUGCGUCUCCUUCAGACAGCAUUCAACAGGCAGGCCCCCAUCCUGCAGCAGACCCAAUCUGCACCCAGGGUCUCCUCUUUCUCUUCCUCCACUUGGGGGAAACAGCAGCCGAGCCGGAGCCUGUCCCCCUCCACAACAAGACUCCCCACCAAGGCAUUGUACCAGGCUCUGGACAUGAUCAACAAAUACCGAGGCCCCGAGGACAGUAUCUACAGCGACUACACCGACGGCUUCUACAGCACCAAGCCAUACAGGCACAGGGACGACCGACUGCUGCAGGCCCUUUUUGACAUGAUCGACGAUGCCAGCAAGUGAAGACUACAGGAGAGGAGGAUGGAGAAGAGAGGAAAGUGUUUAAGAUAAAGAGGAGGCAUGUUGAUGUGUUGGUUGGGGAGCAGAGGAACAAGGCAAAGAGAGGAGAGAAAAGCAAAGGGAGCAAUCAGGAAUGGAGGGGUGAGAAGAAAGAAAGAAAAGGAGUGUUCUGUUUUUCCCCGAAAUGCUGCAAAUCUGACCUCUUUACCUUUGUUUACAACUGCCCAUCAUUGAUUCAUUUUUUGUUCAGUUAGCAAAAUUUGCAGCACACACAUCCUUCAAAACAUGGACUUGUUACAAUACAAACUUUACCUCCAUGACGUAAAUAUGGAAGCAUUAAUGAUAAGAAAAGAGAGAAAGGCCUUGUCUCUCUUCUCUUCCUCGCCUGCUCAAGCAUGCCACCUUUAGAGUAUAAGUUUGUAUUAGUAUCUAUAUAUAUCUAUUAUCUAUAUAUUAUUCAAAGACAAUGAUUGUAAUAUGGUUUGAAAACACUUGAUAUCCAAAAUCUUCACUUUCAAAAAUCCUGUUUCUAUUAGUUUUGCCAUCUUUCAGUCAUUUAAUUUUUUUUUGUUUUGUUUUAAUAUGGUCGAAUGCUAUAGUACACCUUCAUAUUUGAACUACUUUAGAGGGUGAAUUUAUUCCUUAAAAGUGAAAAAGUCAUAAAAUGGCAAAAGCAAAACUAUAAUUUGAUAAGACAUUUAAAAUGUUGACAAAAGAUUUGUUCUCAGGGUGUCUCAAAAGCUCAAAAGAAUGAUAGAUUAUCUGGUCAACAGUUCUAACAUUAAAUACACUUUUAAUAAAAGAUGUUUAUUUGGUAUUAAUGAAUGAAAGAUGAAGCAGACAUUCAGCUGGAGCAGUGAUACAUAGAAAGUGAAGCAAACAGCAGAUUAAUCUUUAUGUGUAAUUUCUUUAAUUUUGUAUACGUACAAUGCUGCAUUAAAUGAAAUAUUUUUCUAAGGAUCCUCAUAGUUUAUGGAAAUAAUAUAUACAGUAUCAAACCCUGGAACAGGUUUAUUUUCUUGUGGCGUACUCGACUCAAUACCUGCAAAGUCAGCAUAUCUCCAAAUGAACACUGCCAGAAUCAGUGCUGUUAAAAAGCUUCUGUGUAUUUCAGUGAAUGUGCAAAUGGCUAGAAUGUUGUUUGUUCAUCUUCUGCAAUAUGCAACCAGUUCCUUUAAUCCUGGACAGAUGCCUGCAUUAACAUAACUUCUCCUUUUUUAUUAUUUAUUUGACAUCAUUCAGCCUAUCACACUUCAGAAGCUCACCAGAAAAACUGUAGGAUGGAGACUCUGCACUUCAAGCUUCAAGCACAUUCAUCAUCUUUAACGCCUUAAAAUAUAUUCUAUAAUACAUAAGUCUCUCCCCACACGGUGUGGAUCAUUUAAUAAAGGCAGUGCAGUGAUUAUGAUAUGAACCCCCUAUGCAGAGUCUCUAUCCUUCAGUUUGGAUGCCUGCCUGCCUGCCCUGCUUCUCUGACAAGGUGACAGGAGAAAGACAAUGUUUCGACAACUGUAGAUUAUCCACUCUUUAUUGUAGCCCGUGCUGUCAUCUUCAUUUAUCUGUUUGUUUAUUUUUGACUGAUGCUUCAGUCCAAAGUUGU